CCCAACCAUGGAAGAGAAACAUCUGACAUCACAUGUAUAAGUUAUAAUCGUCAAUGCAACACUGGUUUUAAACAAAGAUAUUAAACUAAAUAAAAUUAUUCCAUAGUGAAGGAUGUAGAUAGCUGAAAAUGACAAGCGGUGACAAAAUAUAUCAGGUUAAUUUGGAGGAGCUGGUGGAAGACUACACGUGGCGUUGCUACAAACGAGACCAGGGCUUCUUCAGAAAACUGUUUCUCAGGCGCAGCGAUUAUGUGUUCGACAUAAGAUGGGGAUAUGUGGAUUUUAAACACGUGACAAAUCCAGACGAUAAGAAAACAAAUGCGGAACAAUCAGCAGCUGGCGGAAUAGAUACUGGGGAAGGUACAAGUACUGAUAAACACGAUUCAACGAUAGACGCUCAAAUAAGAGGACUUGUUUCCCAGAUUGACGCGACCAACAAGAAAGACAUGGAACUGUAUUUUUCUGAGUAUGAAAACGAAACAAGUACACCACAGAUAUAUACUUUUACUGCAGCACGUGCAACUACAACAACAACGAAGAUAGAAAUGCAAGAGAACUAUACUCUUGGCGCAGAAACAAAUCUUGAAAUCAAUUUAGCAGAAAUUGUAAAAAUUGGAGGUAGUGUAAGCGGGUCAUUUUCUGUAACCGAAACAAAAGCGGAGGAAUUUUCAAAAACGCUGUCCUGGAACAUAGACACACAAAUAAAUGUUCCAAGUUGGAAUAAAGCCAAAGCUUCUUUGUACGUAUAUGAGAUUCCAUCCAAAUCAAAGUUUUUGGUUAAAACAACCAUGAGUCUUCCGAGGGGACAACUUCCAGUAACUAUCAGACGGCGAAAAGACGGUAAAGAGGUGCACAUAGAGUGGAUUUGCGAUCUUGCUGUUCUUUUUGAUGAAGACUACAGGAACAGAAGCAGCGUUAAGAUUGAUAAGACUGUUAUAAUGGACAAUGGAGAUAAAGUUAUCGAGAAUCAGAUUGUACUGACAACACGUGGUAUAUGUAGAAAUGUAUCAUUUAAGAACCAACACGUGAAAGUUGAAUGUCAGAAAAUAGACGGUGCUCCGCAAGAUGGAACACACAGAAGCCAGGCCGACCAUGAGGGAUCAGUUGAACCAGCCGGUGAGGAUGGUGGAGGUUGCUGAUAAAUGGAAACACAUUCGAUAUGUUUUAGCUGCAAACAAUAUAAUCAGUUAGAAAACACAAAACUGGUAAUUUACUUGCGAACACUGAGCGAAUUUUAAAAUGUAAGUGUUGAUUAAAACACCAAAUUAUGCAAAACCGCACCAUUGAUAGUGCUAUGAAUACACGUGUUACAUAGUUGCUAUUAAAUUGUGUUUUAAGAUAAACGGUAGCUAACAUUCAAAUAGCAAAAGAUGUACAUAAACUGUAUGAAGACAAUAUACCUUUAGUUGUGUUAGUACAAAACUGUUUGACCUAAAA